UGGAAAUUCCCACAGGGAAGAUGGUGGCGGAAAGUUGCACAGCAAGAAAGUGAUUGAACAUCAGAUUCAUGGUGAUCGUGGGCGCCAGUUUCGAGAUUGGCAAGCACCGCUCAGUUUAGAGCAGAUUAAUUGUCAGUGGGUGGUGCUUAGUAUGGAGUCCGUUCAAAGAUUGCUCGCCCGCGCACAAACACUGGGGCGCACCCACCGAGCUUCAUGGAACAGGACAGCAACACAGGAUGCGUAAAGCUGCAGACGGUGAGAGUCAGAAGGAGACAGAAACGACUGUAGGGUCCCCUGAUGAGGGGACACUUGGGCAGGCGCGACAGGAUCCUGCUCCACAGGCGGUCCAGACAUUGGCUUAGGGGGUCUACAUUUCGACAUUAUGUCAAGACGGCCCAACGCCAGUCACAUGCCCCACCAGAAGGAAGAGGUCCUCAAAAGUCAGGCAUCAUCUUCACAGCAGAACCAAGGGACUGAUAUUGUCAAGCAGACUGAGAAAGGAGCGGCAGGGGAGGAUGCAAACCUGCCGUUGCAGUCCAAUGAAAGCACGCGCCACGAUCUUGAGCAGAGGCUUCUGACGUAUGCCCGCCGCCUACAAGGGGCCUCUAGCGACCCUGAAAGGCCAAGCGAACUGCGUGCAUCGGAUGACCCGUUCUCCAUCCAAAUGCCCCUGAAUAGGACGACUAGCAGAAUGUCAAUCCCAGUAGCUGUGGAGGUGCUUGCGGAGGUCGAGAAGGAUGCCUCUAAUGUUGCCAACAACCUGGUCCAACUGAUGGCAACACUGCGAGCAUCAUUGGCAGAUGUGACCCACUGCUCCUUGGAACACUUGGAGUGCCACAGCGAAGCGGCCAGGGAGUUACAUGAAGCAGUAACUGACGCUGCAAGUAGCGGGAACCGUUUCAUCAACGAGUGUCAACGGUUGGACCAGGAAAUGAGAGAUGUCGGCGAGCUGGCAGCCCAGAUAAAGGCGAUGAGGCAGCUGGUGGAUCACUUUGAAGGGCAGCUAAACCGACAUCUACCAAGUCGGUGACACGAUUGUUUAAGAGGAUCGACCAGCACGAGGAGCGGCGGCAAAGCGCAAUCGAGGAGAUGAUCCAAGGUAUAUUCGCAGAGCCUGUUCAUAUCAGCUACUAUAACACUCGUUUUGCUGUGUAACUUACCAUUCAUUGCCCUCCCACGACUUGCUGCCAUCAGCCUAGCUUAGCUGUCCAUAAAAUGACCGUCACCUAUUUUCUCUACUGUGCUUGAACUCUUCUGAUGGACCGUCAACUGUAGCAGGAAAGGCAUGAGGCUUUUGAGCACGACCUUGGGGUGUUGUUGGAACCAAGACAAACUCGACUCCUGCACGGUGCUGAACGUCCUCGGUUUGUCGAUUUAGGUUAUCAGCAAGAGUCUGCCGCUAAGGAGGAAAUCAACUGAUGGUGAUGGUUGUUCCGGUACUUGGAGUGAUAUUCGAUCCGGGGCACUCGGACUUGAUCCAGCUAAACAUACUUCUGGUGUAGUUUAGGAGCUCAAUAGACCAACAGGUUUCUGCAGGUCCGAUUAAGAAGAGGGCACAGACGUCGCAUUCACCCGCAUAUGUUAGAGGAUGCUCUUUCGGGUCCAAGCAUCCGAUUGCUAAUAAGUCCAGAACCGUCAAGUUUAUGCCUCAUAAAAGGCUAAUCUCCCAUGGGAUCCUGUACAGCUUAAGUAAACAACUGGGGAAUCGCGACUUCAUCGAAGUAAAACCUCUAGUGACUCGCAUUGGGAACGUGAAUGUGGCAAAUAGUACAUAUAGAACAUCUCUUAAAGAUUGGAGGCGGUCAAGACGCGUAGGAAGUAGGCAGCAUGUCCUGGCUCGGAUUUCCACCGCGGAAGCGUUGCGGAAAUGUUCGCGGAAAGCGCGGAAGCUAUGGCGGAGGAGCGCGGGAAUCUGCGGAAAGAUGCGAAAGAUUGCAAAAGUUUGUAAAAACCAUGCGAAGGCAUGCGGAUUGGAAAGGCGGAUAGACGCGG